CAAACACACACAUACGCGCACACACAUCUACAUGUUGCCUAAGGGCUGGAUAUUCCUGUUAGCUGGUCUGCUCUGGCUGGAUGGCUGUCCUCCAAGCCAAGCAGAUGUGGCCAAGCUCGUUUGCUACUACGAUGCGUCGAGCUUUGUGCGUGAAGGUCCUGCACAACUUUCGCUGCAGGAACUGGAGCCCGCUUUAGGCUUUUGCAACUACCUGAUUUAUGGCUAUGCCGGCAUCGAUGCGGAGAGCUUUAAGAUCAAGAGUUUGAAUCCCGAGCUCAGCUAUAAUCGCCAGCAUUAUAGUCAUAUUACGGCAUUGCGCCGGAAGCAUCCACAUUUGCGUAUAUUGCUCUCCGUGGGCGGUGGCCGUGAUGUGAAUGCUGAGGGCGUGGCGGAUAGCAUUAAAUAUCUGAGCCUACUGGAGCAGCCGGAGCAUCGCAACAGCUUCAAGGCCAGCGCUCGAGAGGAGCUGUCGAACUAUGGCUUCGAUGGCUUGGACUUGGCCUGGCAGUUCCCGCUGCUAAAGCCCAAGCGGCAGCAGGGCGCCUUGAAGCGCGCCUGGACCUCGUUUAAGGGCUGGUUCAGCAGCAACUCCAUCGAUCCCAAGGCCGAGGAGCACAAGGCGCAGUUCGCCUCCUUUGUCAGGGAGCUGCGACUGGAGCUGCAGCGCAACGGUAAACUGUUGACGCUCAGCAUGCUGCCACAUGUGGAUGCAGAGCUCUUCAUAGAUGUACCAUCGGUGCUCAGCUUUGUGGAGUUUGUCAAUUUGGGCACCUACGAUUUCCAAACCCCGCAACGGGAUCCCAAGCAAGCGGAUCUGCCGGCUCCGCUGUAUGAUAUGUACGAUCGCGAUGCCAGGCACAAUGUUAACCAGCAGGUGCAGUAUUGGCUCAAUCACACGGCCAAUGCGCAGCAGCUGAACAUCGGCAUUACGACCUACGGACGUUCGUGGAAAAUGUCGCGCGAUUCGGGCAUCACUGGAUUUCCGCCAAUUGCCGAUACGGAGGGACCAGCUCCCGGUGGCAGGCAGACGAAUCAGCCCGGUUUGCUAAGCUGGCCAGAGAUUUGUGAUCUCUUGCAGCGUCAUCUCGGCCAGGGCAAGGAUACGAGUGCUGACCAUCUGCGCAAGGUGGGCGAUCCCACGAAGCGUUUUGGCAUCUAUGCCUAUCGAGCGGCUGACGACAAUGGCGAGAACGGCAUCUGGGUGGGCUACGAGGAUCCCACCACGGCGGCGAUAAAGGCUGAUUUCGUCCGGGCUCAGGGCUUGGGCGGUGUGGCCCUCCACGAUCUGUCCCUAGAUGAUUUCAGAGGUCAAUGUGCGGGCGAAAAGUUUCCCAUACUUAGAAGCAUUAAAUAUAAAUUAUGAGUGGCUCAGAAAUAAAGGAAAUAAAAUUUAAAU